GUCGUGGCCACCCUUCCCUCCCCAUCUGCUUCAGCUCUGGCUGUCUGGACCAACUGCCACCACCCCGCCCCCCCUCUCCUCCACAGUUCUGUUUUCCGCACCUACCACACAAACCUCGUCUCCACGGAAGCGCCUGCCCCUCCGUCGCCCUUUGCGAUGCUGCACCCCCCUCUGACUGUACCAACGCUCUUGCAGCAAGCAAUGCAGUUUCCCCCUCCCGUCGCCGCUGUCUUGCUACUGUGCGUUUGGUUGCGCUUGUCAGCUCUUUCUAAACUGCAUCGUGGUUGCUUGGAAUUUUUGCCCGGCAAUUUCGAAUUUAGGUAGAGUACUCCCGAUCAAGUCUUCGCUCAUGAACCUCUGAAUGAUUCUUCUGUAUGUCUAGGAGAGUUGCGUGCGACGGAGCUUCUGGAAUUCGUGCAGCGAUUCUGUACGGACUUGAGAAUUGGACUGAACUGCGCAAGCUUGCUAAAUGAGUGGUCCUCGGCAAAUGGGAAAGAAGAAAGGACUUAAUGAGGAAGGCAACUCCUCUACAGCUCGUCAUAAAAUCUUGAAAACUUUCUAAUACUCCCAUACCAAAUCACACUAGUUUUCAAGCCGGAUUCCUUCCUCCAGUGCAGGGGCGCUGAUGUUUCAGCAUGCAGCUCUAUCGUUAGCAACAACCUCGAGAAUUGUUGCUAAUCCUAGGUGUGCUCGGGAUGCUGCGCGGCUGAAACCCUUCGGAUAGAAGCUUUACGAAAUCGCUCAGGGAGGAGAAUUAGUACAGGGUCUGACUGAUUAAAGUCUUCCACCAAAUGCUAUGUAAGUGCAAGUAACUCUAGUUACUCCGUUACAUCACCUCUUCUGACGGUGGAGCUUACGUUGCCGUGACUUAAGUUUUUGAAGCAUUAGACUUUGCUAAGAGAAUUUUUUUUUGCAACGGUCAAUUUACAAUUGUCAAGAGCACUACACUGACCUCGAUAUUUAGACACCUAAAUGGAUGCUUAACGGCUAUUCAUACCAAAGUUUAUGAUGUGCUGAAGCAUAAUCUGGCUCCGAUAAGGCUUGUGAACAGAGCAGGCGUAGCAUAGACCUUUUACUUACACGUAAUUCGCCUUCUAGAACUUCAAAUUGACGAUUGAUUAUGACUUCAGCUUGUUUCAAUACUGUCAAUAUGGGUGACUUUCUUGUGUUUAGAUAGGAGUGGCUGAAGGCAGCAUAUCAUGCUGGCAUUUGCGAGUCCCCAUGCCUAUCUUGCUGCUCGCGUGCUCUCCCUCAUCAGCUUGGUCGCCGAGACUCUGCCCACGGCGUUGUAAUUUAAAACUCCACGAACUCCUCGUCAGCAUGAACGAUGUUAGGCGUGAAUCUGGAAACGAGUCAGUGCCAGCUUAAGGCCAUAAGAAGGCUGCACAAGUCCCUUGACCCAGAACGAGAUUAUCUGGAGCGGAGUGCAUGCCAGACAGCUGCAGGUAGAGCGUUAUGGAAUCACGUGAUCCAUGAUCCUUUGGCAGAAGUUUUCGCUGGAGACGUGUUUCUAAGAGGACUGCAGGAGAAGGUGCGUCGCGACCAGGACAAGAACGCACGGGAGACUGCUGGUGUAAUGAUGGCUGUGAGGACACUUUGGUUUGAUACCCGCCUUGCAGAAGCACUUUCUCAGUUUGAUUCAAGCUCGAGUGAAUACCAAGUAGUUUUGUUGGGUGCUGGAAUGGACGCUCGUGCAUACCGACUUCGAUCGCUCAAAGACUGUUCCGUGUUUGAAGUAGACUCUGCCAAAGCCUUACACUUCAAAGAGUCCAUACUCCAGGCAAUGUUGGAAGCAGGAGAGCCCUUACCCAUGCUUGAAGCAAAGAGUUUGCACAGAGUGGCCUCUGAUAUUGCCACAGAAGAUUGGUUUGGCAGACUGAAAGCGGCAGGGUUCAAGGUACAAUUACCUACAGUCUGGAUCUUAGAAGGGUUCUUAUAUUACCUGCAAGAAGCUCGUGCAAAAGAGACUUUGAAGUGCAUUUCCCAAAACUGCGAGAAUGAAACGGUGGUGCUGGCUGAUUUCAUGAACGAGUCUUCCAUCCAUUUAGCCCAUGAGCUGAAGACUCACUUCUAUUUUCAUAGUGAUUGGCCAGAGGAGCUACUGCCUAAGCUUGGCUACUCUCGAGUGAAGGUCUCACAAAUUGGUGAUCCCGAUGCAAACUUCGGGCUCAUAAAUGACGAGCUCAAUCUCUUCCAUCAGAUGCGUCGCGUCUCUAGGCAUGUGAAGGCCGACGUCAAUGGCAAACCUUACAGAAGGUUACUCCUUGUUGAAAGCUGGGCUCCUUGAGAUCUCUCUCUCUCUCUCUCUGCUUUUGAGUUUAUGAAAAUUAGUAGACAACAAAAUCUCCAUGAACCUCUUUUCAUAGUUUAUGACUUCUCUUUCAUGUUUCAAUGAUGAUUGGCAAGCCCCUGGGGAUAAGCGGCAAGGUAGGUUCUGUGCAAUUACCCUAUUAGUCCAGCUUCCACAUCUUUAGUUUGCCAUUAUCUCUUGUAAUUUUAAGCGAUGCGGUUUCGAUACAUUACAGGAUUCCUGUCUUUUAAUAUUAUUUUUCAAUUAUGUACUUGAGCACGUUUCGAGUUCGCCUCAUCAGCAGUAUUUGUUGCUGAGGUUUUCUGUAACCUUAAAAAGAAUUACAUCUCAUUACCUUUUUUCCA